AAAACAAUUGCGUCAGAAAAUCGCGCAGUAGUUUCUGGAAAGGUGAACGACGACCGUUUCUCUCUCUCGACAGGAUAAUAUAUUGUGACCAUGUUGGUGGCGAGGCUGAUGUGCCUGAGGAGUCUUCCUCUCUCUGGGCUGCGUCCUGUGCUGACACAGAGAGCACCCACCCUGAAGGCCUGUCCACCGCUGCUCAGGCCCCAGCAGGGUUAUUCUACUAAGGCCAGAUUUGGUUUCCGCCGUGGGACCAAAGAGCAGCUCAAAGAAGCAGCUUUUGAGCCAGCAACGAAUACCGCUAUCAGAAUUGACAGCAUGGGAAGAAUGUUUCUGGCUGGAGGUGCAGCAGUUGGCCUUGGAGCUCUCUGCUACUAUGGACUCGGCAUGUCCAAUGAAAUCGGUGCCAUUGAGAAAUCAGUGAUCUGGCCUCAGUAUGUGAAGGACAGGAUCCACUCCACCUACAUGUACUUUGCAGGCAGUAUUGGACUGACGGCUUUGUCGGCUGUAGCAGUGAGCAGAACCCCGGCACUGAUGGGUCUGAUGGUGGGAGGCUCCUGGCUGGCUAUUGGAGCAACGUUUGCGGCUAUGAUUGGUGCCGGCAUGCUGGUUAGGUCCAUUUCGUAUGAGCAGAGCCCGAUGCCCAAACACCUCGCUUGGAUGUUCCAUGCAGGUGUGAUGGGUGCUGUCAUCGCUCCCCUCACUCUCCUCGGAGGACCUCUGAUGAUGAGGGCCGCCUGGUACACAGCAGGAAUUGUGGGAGGUCUGUCCACUGUGGCCAUGUGUGCCCCAAGUGAGAAGUUCCUCAAUAUGGGCGGGCCAUUGGCUGUUGGCUUCGGAGUGGUCUUCGCUUCCUCUAUUGGAUCAAUGUUCCUGCCGCCCACGUCAGCGUUCGGAGCAGGCCUGUACUCAAUUGCCAUCUAUGGAGGCCUAGUCCUGUUCAGCAUGUUCCUCCUCUAUGACACACAGAAGGUUGUCAAGAGGGCAGAGACACACCCACUCUAUGGCGUACAGAAAUAUGACCCCAUUAACGCGUGUAUGGGGAUUUACAUGGACACACUGAACAUCUUCAUGAGACUGGUGAUGAUUAUGUCUGGUGGUGGUGGCAAAAGGAAGUAAACGGCAGCAUUUUGGCUUUAGCUUCAAUCUUACCCUCACAGAGCCAAACUAAAUCAUAUUCUAUUAAGAGCAGCAUACGCCAGGUGUUAAUUCUUAGUGACAAGUCUCGUCUAACUUGCAAAGCAAUCACGUAUUUUUAACAAGAGUGUGAAGAAGAGGACUGCACUCUCUGGUGCAAAGAAGACAUUGAUAACAUACUGAGAGCUCUUACCUUGAUGGUGGAAUAUCUGCUUUAUCCUGUGGGUUACAGAGGGGUUCAAUCUGUCAGCGUCAUUAUGCCUGCCUCACAUAUCGUUUGUAUUCUUUAUGUUUUGUAUUUAUUUCAACUUUAUGGUUUCUGUUUCCAAUAUGAAUAAAAGUUCAAGAAUAUCUGGUACACGCAGCAGACAUGCCACACACAUCAACCAUAGACCGGUCCAGAUCAUCACUGACUGCUCCUGCUCCAGUAUAUGUUGUUAUUGCCCUUUAGUUGAUGUGUUAAAUCAGUGGGAACUAGUUCAUAUAUUUCUGAGAAAAUAUGAAGUAAUUUUAUUAAUUGAAUCACUCAAUAAAUACGUUAAAAGUUUGUUUUGGCCGAAGUUGCUAUUUUGAAAAAUGAUAAUAAAAACCAGCAGAGAUUUAGCAGACAGGGUUCCUGUUCUAUGCCUUUUUCACAGAAGACAUUUUGACAGUCGAAAGAGCCCUACUACUACUACAAUUAAUGGUUGCUGAAUUCUAUUUAGCUGCUUCGGUUUCAGGGUCCUGUUAUUGUGCAUGCUGCCUCACUGUCACUUCUUGCUGGGACACCUGAAUAGAACAAAGUCAUUGGUAAUGUGUUUUUAGUUGCAGCUUUGCUUGGUGACAGGUCACCAAAAACACCUGUUAUCUAAAUAGUAAAAACAACACAAAUGAUGAGAUGCAUAUCUGUCGUCAUCUUUAGGUGAAAUACAUAUUUGCACUCUUGGAGUUUUGGUUCUUAUAAUUUCUUCUUAAAUCAAUUAUUAAAUGUCAUUUUUAAAGUCCGUCUAUCUUCUUGGAAUGCAACUUGAUCAUUUACAUUGGAAUGAUAACAAAUAUUUAUAAAAUUGCAUUGAUCCUGGU